UGUGUUAGUAAACAUGUUAAAUUUGUGUAAGUUUUAUUGUUUGUGUUAUUGAUUGUACACAAUUAGCCAUACAAUCCUUAUCAAAAGCUGUUGUAUUUAUUUUCCCUCCUUUUAUCUCCCAAUUCUCUCAAACUAAAUAUCUAAAUUUUCGUGGAGAUUCAAGCCAAAUAUAGUAGAAAAAGCAAACUAGAAGAAGAUACAACUGUCAACCAACGGUUGACCGUUUGACCCCCCACGUUAGAUGGACAAUUGAAAGAAAUCUCCAAUUCUUUUUCACAAACCAUCCUAAUCAAUUUCUCCGCUAAUAGAAAAAUUAAGGCCGACGUUAAAUUUCUCUCAAUUCACCCACCAGGACGAGGAAGGAAGAGCUAAUAAUUACGAUUAACAUUAAUGGAAGAAAUCGCCUGGAUUAGGGAACGUUCCUCGCCCUAUUCCCCGUUCCUAAUUAUCUUAAUCACAAUUAUUAGCACCCUGUUGGCCGGUGCCGGCGCCAAUUUCCACCGGGAUGUGGACAUCACGUGGGGCCACGACCACGCCAACAUCUCCGACGACGGCAGGCUCCUUACCUUAACCCUCGACCGCCUCUCCGGCGCCGGCUUCCAAUCCAAGAAGGCCUACCUCUUCGGCAAGUUCGACGUCGAGAUGAAGCUUCCCCCCGGGAAUUCCGCCGGAAUUGUCACCACCUUCUACUUGACGACGGCGGAAAAACAUGAGGAGAUCGAUCUUGAGUUCUUGGGGAAUCUGACCGACGACCCUUAUACGUUACAUACGAACGUGUACACCCACGAGGUGGGACACAGGGAGCAGGAAUUCAGCCUCUGGUUCGACCCCAGAACGGAAUUCCACAAAUACACCAUUCUUUGGAAUCCUCUCACCAUCAUUGUGUUUGUGGACGACGUCCCCGUCCGAGUGUUCAACAACAGGGAAGCCGUGGGGGUUCCGUACCCGAACACUCAGCCGAUGAGGAUCAAGGCCAGCAUCUGGAACGGCGAGAAGUGGGCGACACGUGGCGGUCUGGUGAAGACCGACUGGAACGCGGCGCCCUUCACGGCCUCCUACAGGAACCUCAGGAUCCACACCAUGGCGGACUCCGUCGGCCGGCGGCGGCAGCGGUGGCCGAUGACGCAGGGGCUCGACAAGAGCGGCAAGAAGCUGCUGCGGUGGGUGCGGCGGACCCACAUGCUCUACAACUACUGCCACGACCCCAGGCGCCACCCGCGCGAGUGCCGCCACUUCGUCGACGUCUGAGACUGAGAGAGCUAUAUAUAAAACAAAAGUGUACAAUUAAUAUAUGUCACGGUUUCACAAAAUGCUAUAUAAUGUAUAAUACGAGUUCAAGACGGAGGACUCUAGCUGCCUGUCAUAUAUUCCAUGCCUUCUUCACUGUUCCUUUCGAAAAUAUGAAUUGCAAUUUUAGGUCAACGAGACAAAGACUUGGAACUCGUCUCUCUUUCUCUCUCCAAAGGCCUCGAUUGUUAUCUCUAAUUUUUUCUUCUCAUCCCCAUUUCUUUUCUAAAUCCCUAAAUAUCGAUCAAUUCCCAAUUUCACAACUUGAUCUUAGAAAAAUGUUUCUAACAUUCUUGAACCUUGAGUCAUACACAAAAUCAAAUUUUUUUCUUCAAUAAAUACGUUAUUCUCAU